AUGGCGAAGGAGCCGGACGCGUUGGAGGCCAUCGUCAUGGCGGAGGCGAGAUUUCAUGGUGAAGGCUACCAAGAGGGCUAUGUUGAAGGAACUCAUGCUGGUACCAUUGAAGGAAGACAAUAUGGAAUACAACAGGGUGCCAAAAUUGGCUUAGAAAUUGGAUCAUACCUUGGCUUUUCAAUGACAUGGCUGGGAUUGCUUCAUAAACACUCAGAUGAUAAACACAGUAAAAAAAUAAAGGUGCUAGAGUCAUUAAUAGAGUUGAUCCAGAAAUUUCCUCAUCAGAACCCAACUUACGACAGACUUCAAGAAGACCUGGACAGGAUCAGGGGAAGAUUUAAACAGGUUUGCUCACUGCUACAUGUAUCAUCUGACUUCAGGCUUAGCAGGGAAGGAUCUGCGCUUUCAUUUUGAAAUCGGCAUGAAUGGAGAAGAAAUCUUUACCUGGAUUUAAUAACUGGUUAAGUCUCCUAAAAA